AUGUUUACACGAAAGAGUGAUUGUACAACAUUUGAUAAAGUAAAAUCAUAUGUAGAAAAACUUAACGAAGAUGUUUUACUUAUCUUUGGAUCAACUAAAUGUCCACCUUGCCGAGAAUUAAGCAGGUUUUUAGAUAACUAUAAUACUGAAAAAGAGUUUGUAAUCAUUGAUCUCAAAAAGCCUGAUUUUAAGGAUAUGGAUAUUUGUAGAGAGAAAUAUGGAUUAACAGCUUUCCCUACUUACAUUGUAGUGGAUAAGGACAUGAAUAAGAAAAUUAUGGAAAUAGGUUACAAAGGAGAGGAAUAUUUUGAAAAAUUUAUUAAUACUCACUUUAAAUAA